AUGAGGAGGCCAUCAAACACCAGUUACAACCACUAUUCAACAAAAAUGGGACAGUUCUUCAAUACCAAGCUUAUAGUCUUCUUUUCUGUCUUCAUUCUGCUCAUUCUGGAGGUAGAUAGAUUUGCUUCACAAACCAAAACUAUAGUGGGACACAAUUUGGAACCAACGCCAUGGCAUAUUUUCCCUCCCAAAUCAUUCGAUGAAGCAUCCAGAUACUCCAGAGCUUCAAAGAUAAUUCAGUGCUCUUAUCUCAGUUGUGGUCGAGCCAUAGCCGCCGCAGCCAUCCCAAAAAAUAUACUACCCCAACCCAAUAAUAAUUGCCCAGAAUUUUUCAGCCACAUACAUCAGGACUUGGAGCCGUGGACGAAAUCCAAGAUCUCAAUAGCACACAUAAAUGAGGCUCAAAAGUUUGCCUCCUUUCGGAUGGUGAUUAUCGGAGGGAAAGUUUAUGCUGAUUUUUACUACGAUUGUGUGCAGAGUCGAGCAAUGUUUACAGUGUGGGGAGUGGUGCAGCUUCUCCGGCGGUAUCCUGGGAGGAUACCGGAUGUGGAUUUGAUGUUUGAUUGCAUGGACAAGCCUACGAUCAAUCGGACUGAACAUUCUUCUCAGCCAUUACCGCUGUUCCGCUAUUGCACUACCCGGGAGCACUUUGAUAUCCCCUUUCCUGAUUGGUCUUUCUGGGGCUGGCCAGAAGUGAAUAUAGAACCAUGGAACGAAGAAUUUGAGAGCAUUAAAAAAGGCUCCCGCCAACGAAGUUGGGCAGAGAAGUGGGCUUUUGCAUACUGGAGAGGAAACCCGGAUGUUUUUUCUCGGGUUCGCUUGGAAUUACUCCGAUGUAACGACACCGAAAUCUGGGGUGCACAAAUAAUGCGUCAGGACUGGGGAAAAGCAGUAGAAAGUGGCUUUAAGGACUCUAAGUUAUCGAAGCAGUGUGAUUAUCGGUACAAGAUCUAUGCUGAAGGAUACGCUUGGUCCGUAAGCUUGAAAUACAUUUUAUCUUGUGGGUCUCUUCCUUUAAUAAUAACUCCAAAAUACGAAGAUUUCUUUACUCGGGGUCUCAUUCCAAAGAAAAACUUCUUGCCCGUUCCUCAAACUGGGAUUUGCCCAGCUAUUAAAUCUUUCGUUGAUUGGGGCAAUAAGCAUUCAUCCCAGGCAGAAUCGAUUGGGAGAGCAGCACAAGAUUUCAUGGGAAAUUUGAGUAUGGAUCGUGUCUAUGAUUACAUGUAUCAUCUCAUUACAGAGUACUCGAAGCUGCAAGAUUUCAAGCCUGUUCGACCAUCCAAUGCUUUAGAAGUAUGUGUGGAUUCUGUCUCCUGCUUUGCCAAUGAAAACCAAAGGCAAUUUCUCGAAAGGUCAUUUGCCUUCCCCUCGUCAGCUCCACCAUGCUCACUUCCGCCACCUCCGUCGAUGUCAUCGAAGCAGGGAGAGAAAAAGUAG